AUGGCCAGGUACUACGACGCGUACGCGGCGAUGAAGCUCGCCGUUGACUGUUUUGCCGGAUGUACCGUUAGAUCCACACGAAGCAGAGGGGAGGUGGAGCAGGCCGGUAACCAGGGGAAGGGGCAGAGUGGGAGAAGAUUUACACCGCCGUCUCCACUGAAUAUGGUGUCCCCGCCGCAUCUGUGGAGGCGCCGCGGCUCCGCCUCGGAUGGUGCUCGCGGCUAUGGUGAAGAGGAGGGGCGACGCAUGGGUGAAGAGGCAGGCAGUGCUCGUGGCCAAAAAAGUGGGUCGUUCGAGCUGCGGGAGGGAGGAGGGGAUCGCCGGGAGGCGGCGAGAUCGGUGGGCGGCGGCGGCAGCCAGCGUCUUCGUGGCCACUGCCCACUCUACUCUUUUGCCUUCUCGCAGGCCAAAUUCAUGUCUUCCCUCGCUCUUUUCCACGGCCCAUUCUCCUACCACCGCGCUCCUCCCUUGUCGCCGACCGGCACCUCUCCACGGCCGACGCGACCCGCAGCGCAUUCUUCUCCUUCCCACCCCAAUUCGCGCCCCCUCCCUGAAGCCGAUGAGCUCCGGUCCCACGCAGCGGCGCUGCAGGACUGCGCCGUCCGCCGAGCGCUCCGCUGCGGACAGGAGCUCCACGCGCGGCUGCUCCGCUGCGCGCGGCAGCCGGACACGUUUCUCCUCGACUCGCUCCUCAACAUGUACUGCAAGUGUGGCCGCCUGGCGGACGCACGAAGGGUGUUCGACGGAAUGCCACACAGAGACGUCGUCGCCUGGACCGCCCUCUUAUCCGCCUACGCCGCCGCGGGAGAUGCCGAGGAGGCUCUGGACCUGUUUUGUCAGAUGAACCAACAAGGUCUUGCGCCUAACGGGUUCACGCUCGCUUCGGUGCUCAAGGCCUGCUCGGUGAUGAGCUCACACUCCGAGUUUACGCGUCAGGUGCAUGGUCAGGUGGUUAAGUUGCAAGGUCUGGAUGAUCCCUACGUUGGCUCGUCCCUUGUUCAAGCUUACGCGAUCCAUGGGGAGGUGGACGCUGCUGAGACCGUGUUGCUAGGCUUGCCCGAACGAAGCGACAUGUCAUGGAAUGCUCUGCUCACUGAGUAUGCUCGGCAGGGCGACUACAGAAAGGCCAUGCAUGUUUUCCAUAAGUUGUCCGAAUUUGGUGAUGAGAUAAGCAAGUAUACUGUGCCUACUCUUCUUAAGUGUUGUGUGGAACUCGGUCUUGCAAAGUCUGGUCAGGCUCUUCAUGCAUUGGUGGUCAAGAGAGGGCUGGAAACCGAUAACGUGCUGAAGAAUUGCCUUGUUGAGAUGUACUCGAGAUGUCUAUCUGCUGAAGAGGCCUAUCAAGUCUUUAUCAGGAUAGAUGAACCUGAUGUGGUGCAUUGCAGUGCCAUGAUCUCUUCUUUCGGUCGACAUGGUAUGGCCUGGGAAGCAUUUGAUCUUUUCGUAAAGAUGUCAGACAUGGGAGUCAAACCAAACCAAUAUACAUUCGUGGGCAUUGCUGGUGUUGCAUCAAAGACUGGUGAUGCAAACCUUUGUCGCUGUGCUCAUGCGUAUGUUGUGAAAAGCGGGCUGGCUAUGCCAAAAUUAGUGGCUGAUUCCAUUCUAAAUAUGUAUGUGAAAGUUGGUGCUGCUCAAGAUGCAACAGUUGCUUUUCAUCUUAUGCAUGAGCCUGACACAUUUUCAUGGAACACAUUUCUCUCCGGAUUUUAUAGUGGAAGCAACUGUGAGCAGGGUUUGAGGAUUUUCAAGCAGAUGAAGUGCGAAGGCUUUUCAGCCAACAAAUACACUUAUGUUGGUGUUUUGAGAUGCUGCACUAGCUUGAUGAACCUGAUGUAUGACACUCAGGUUCAUGCAUGUGUUCUGAAAAGUGGGUUGCAAAGCGAUAAUGAUGUUUCAAGAAUGCUACUUGACAUGUAUGCGCAAUCUGGCUGCUUUACAAGUGCGUGCCUGGUAUUUGAUCGACUGGAAGAAAGAGAUGCUUUCUCGUGGACAGUGAUUAUGUCAGGAUAUGCUAAAACGGAUGAAGCUGAGAAGGUGAUGGAAUGUUUCCGUUCAAUGUUGCAAGAAAACAAAAGGCCUAAUGAUGCCACACUAGCAGUUUCAUUGAGUGUUUCCUCUGAUAUGGCAUCCUUAGGCAGUGGGCUCCAACUUCAUUCAUGGGCCAUCAAGUCUGGCUGGAACAGCUCAGUUGUUUCUGGUGCUCUAGUUGACAUGUAUGUGAAGUGCGGGAACAUAACGGAUGCUGAGAUGCUAUUCUAUGAGUCAGAAACAUGUGAUCAAGUUGCAUGGAAUACACUCAUCUGUGGUUAUUCUCAACAUGGUCAUGGGUACAAGGCACUGGACACGUUCAGACAGAUGGUAGAUGAUGGGAAAAGGCCUGAUGAUAUCACAUUUGUAGGUGUUCUCUCAGCGUGUAGCCAUGCAGGAUUACUUGACGAGGGAAGGAAGUACUUUCAAUUGCUGAGUAGUGUCUAUGGAAUCACUCCUACGAUGGAGCACUAUGCUUGCAUGAUUGAUAUUCUGUCCAAGGCUGGAAGACUAGCUGAGGCUGAAUCUCUUAUCAAUCAGAUGCCAUUGAUCCCGGAUUCAUCCAUAUGGAGGACGAUUUUGGGAGCUUGCAGGAUACAUGGAAAUAUCGAGAUUGCUGAGAGAGCAGCAGAAAGAUUGUUAGAGUUAGAUCCACAGGAUGUUUCUUCUUCUAUAUUGUUAUCAAACAUUUAUGCAGAUUUAGGAAGGUGGAGUGAUGUUACAAGACUUAGGAAUAUGCUACUAGAUCAUGGAGUAAAAAAAGAACCAGGGUGUAGCUGGAUUGAAGUCAAUGGCCAGAUUCAUGUAUUCCUGUCGCAAGAUGGAUGUCCAAAAUAUUAAGAAUUUGUUACAACGUGCA